UUCCGUUCCCUUCAGUUCUGGCCGCUGUACGGUCUCCAGCGCCGAGCACCCGUCGCCAUGCCUCGGAAAAUUGAGGAAAUCAAGGACUUCCUGCUCACGGCCCGGCGGAAGGAUGCCAAAUCUGUCAAGAUCAAGAAGAACAAGGAUAAUGUGAAGUUCAAGGUUCGCUGCAGCAGGUACCUUUACACUCUGGUCAUCACAGACAAGGAGAAAGCCGAGAAGUUGAAACAGUCCCUGCCCCCUGGCUUGGCAGUAAAGGAGCUGAAAUGA